AUGUGGAAGAAGAUAUUCUUAGAUAUUGCAUGUUUCGUCAGAGGAUGGGAGAAAAAUCAAGUAAUAGAGGUAUUAAAGAAUUGUGGUUUUAAAGAAAGAAUUGGUAUAAGUGUUCUCUUGGACAAAUCUCUCCUAACUGUGAAUUAUAAGGGAUCUUUGGAGAUGCAUGAUCUACUACAAGAAAUGGGUGAAAAAAUUGUUUGUUUUGAAUCAGGUGGAAACCUUGAAAAGCAGAGUAGGUUGUGGCUUAUUAAUGACUUGCUUCAUGUAUUGGAGAACAAUAUGGCAACAGAAGCAAUUCAAGCCAUAGUUGUCUCAUGUUGGGAAAAGUAUUUCAACUUUGAAGAAUUUUUUGAAGGGUUUUUAAAGAUGUCUAAUCUUAGAUUGCUGCAUUCAGUCAACUUGAAGUUCAUUGACCUUAGUCAUUCCAACCGCCUUAUUAGGACACCUGACUUUUCAGGUGUUCCAAAUCUUGAGGUACUAAACCUUUCUGAUUGUUUUAGACUGGUUGAGAUCCACCCAUCUAUUGGAAAACUCAACAGGCUUGAGAUACUAAAUCUUUCUUGGUGCGGUCAAUUGGUUGAGAUCCACCCAUCUAUUGGACAACUUAGCAGGCUUAGGUAUUUAGAUCUGCAACACUGCUAUUUUCUUACAGUUCUUCCCACCCUUUCUUCUGAAAUGGAGUCCCUUACGGUUCUUAAUACUUAUGGUUGCUCAAGUCUCAAUUCCUUUCCGAAAUUUACUGGAAUUAUGAAAAGCCUAUCGGAACUCAAUUUGGGUUUAACUACUGUUAAGAAUCCAGCACCCUCAUCAAUAUUCGAGUGUUUGACUGCCCUUACUUUCUUAAAUCUAAGUUCCUGCUCAAAACUAGAAUCAUUGCCAAGGCUUCCAUCAACUGUAAGAUAUAUAAAUGCUGAAGGUUGUUCUUCCCUAAAAUGGUCACCAGAACGGGUCAAACUGAGUAUCUGGUCACAACUUUUCUCCCAAUGGCUUCCGUAUGAUGAGAGCGGCAGUCGACUGGGAUUUACAAUAUUGUUCCAUUUCCUACAGGGACUCCUUUGUCGUAAAGCCAUUUUGGAUGGAUCUAUUUUUCCGUCAUGUUUAACUCAAGUAGUGGAGAAUUCAAUAAGCAUAGAGCUGCCUUCAAAUUGGUAUAAUAGUAAAUGGAUAGGAUUCACUCUUUGGGCAUCAGUAUCAAAUUUGUUAGACUUUAAAAAUGGUAUUAGAUUUAGAGCUCGUGUGAUAGCCCUUGGUGAUACGCCUCAGAAUCACUGUGCCUCUGAACUUUUCACUAUUUUGAUAAAUCGUGGGGCCUGCAUUUGCCUCUUGUAUUUGUCUCGUGAUGAUUGGUUUUCUACUGUUGGGAAUGAUGAAUGCAGUCAGAUUAAGGUUAUAUUUGAGACCGAUAAAAGAACCCUGUAUAUGGGGGAAUGUGGGGUCAGUUUGAUAUACAAGCAAGAUGUGAAUGAGUUCAACCAAACAAAUGCACAAUGUUUGAUUAAGAGUUUUGGGGAAGAAGUAUGCAUCUAUAAAUUAACUGCUGGUGAUGAUGAUGAUGAUGAUGAUGAUGAUGAUGAUGUACAUGUAAUAAAUAAUGAUGAUGAUGAUGUACAUAUAGUCCGUGAUGAUGUACUUAUAUUUGGUGAUGAUGAUUUUGAUGAUGAUAUAUAG